AUGGAAGAAAGCACUGAUAUAAAUGAUACUGCUCAAUUAGUAUGGUUUAUAAGAGGUGUUGAUGAGAACUUUGAAAUUACCGAGGAAUGCAUGUUUUUAUUAAAGGGAAGUAGAACGGGACGUGAUAUUUUUCGUGAAUUUCAGGAAGGGCUUUCAACUAUGAAAGUGCCUAUAAUAAAUAUAUGUAAUAUUACGAUCGAUGGAGCACCAAAUAUGACAGGGAAAAAAUCUGGAUUUCUUGGACUCUUUAAUCAAAACUAUCCCGGGAACAAUGUUGUUUUCCUACAUUGUGUUAUACAUCAAGAUGCUCUGUGUAAAUCUGCAUUGAAUAUGAAACCAGUGCGCGAUGUAGUCGUGAAGCUUGUAAACAAUAUUCGAUCUCACAGGCAAUUUCGCGAUUUUCUUCUGUCCGUGCUAUCUGGAUACUAUGGUGCACUGUAUUACACGAAAGUAAGGUGGCUUAGUGCAGGACGUGUUUUCGAGGGAGUUUGGCAGCUGAAAGACGAAAUUGAUCUUCUUUGUCAUAUGAACAACUCGAAUGUCAAGAUGCAAGGGAAAAAUCAAUUUAUCGACGAUAUCUGGGCCCAUCUCAAAGCUUUUAAACUAAAACUUAAUCUGUUUGUUGGGCAACUAGCUAAGAACGACUUUUCUCAUUUCCCGAGGUUAAAUUCAACACCCUCAGAAAAUAAAGAGAAGCUUAAGAAUUAUGAAGAUGGCUUAAAAAAACUGCAUUUUGAGUUCGAACGUAGAUUUCAAGAUUUCAGUGCCAGUCAAACAGAAUUGGAUAUUUUCACCAUGCCUUUUAACGUAAAUUGUGAAGCUGUGAGCUCAGCUUUGCAGCUUGAAUCAAUUGAGUUUGCAAUCUAA